CUGACCGGCCUCGUUGCGGUCCUUUUCAUAGUAUCGCUGGUAUUCAAUAUCCUCAUCUAUGUUGAAGUAAACAAAGAGAAGGAAAAUCCGGUAACUCCACCACCAGUAGUUAGGACUACGACUACUCCUGGGACCACUUUUGCACCAACAGUAACGCGCACGAGAGUUUCAACAGUUGAAACAACUCCAAGAAGUUCGGCAUCGACAUCUCUUCGAACUCUCCGAACAACAGUAACCACCCCGACAACAACAUGGGCGCCGCCCGUUUUUAAUGAAACUAUAUUCUGCCCACGAUUCGCAAUGGCAGAGGAUAAUGAAGAGACCAGGAAAGCGGCAGCUCUGAUUCUCAGUGGUCUAAACGAAAAUGUGGAUCCAUGCGAGGAUUUCUACGCUUACACAUGUAGCAAGUACAUAGAAGAUCACAAUGUCCUUGAACUUGGUGUUGAAAAAAUAGCCUCAUCUGAUGAGCUUCAACAAGAAAUCAACGAAGAGAUAGCUAAUGUUUUGGUUAAAGUCAAUGUUUCCGAUGAAAAGGUAUCAAAAACUGAAAGGAUUACACAGGCGAGUUCCUAA